AUGCGCAUUUUGAAAGAUCUAUGGGAUGACGUGGGAUACGUGAACUUGGGGUUAUCAGCUCAGAAUCUUCGCGACCACGCAGCAGCAAUAACGGAUGAAAACUCACAAAUAAGUGUUAGAGGCGACUCUUCAACUGUUCUAGACGAAACAGAAGAGGUUGGUGCCUCUAUGUUGUCACAAACCGAGGGUCUCGAACCCGCGCAAUGCGAAGGUGAAAAUUUAUCAAACGUGAAUGUGGUCGAAGGUUCGAAUUUGCAUAUUUCUUCCGACAUUGCUGAUCAAAGAGCUCCCCAGGGACGGACCGCUACUUGCAAGGAUCAAAACACCAAAAAUCAAAUCAAGCCAAAUCUGCCUGAUUAUGAUGUGCUUCCCUCCGAAACAAAGAACAAAACUUGGGGCAGUAUUAGUUACGCAUGUUUCUGUAAUACUGUCAACGAUGUUUACGAUGAAAUCGUCCACUUCAGGAGGAAUAUAUUCAAUGUUCCAUCGGGUCGCCAGGGAAGAGUUUCAUUGAAGAAUUAA